GGAGGCCAUCAACAGGCUAUGUGAGGCAGUACCAGGAGGAAAAGGGGCCUGGAAAAGGAAGGCGGCCAACAAGGCUCUCUCGUCGGUGAUGGGCAAGAGUAACCUGCGCUUCGCUGGCAUGAGCAUCGCCGUCAACAUCUCCAUAGAGGGGCUCAGUCUCAUCAUACCUACCACAAGACAGGUGAUAGCCCAUCAUCCCAUGCAGUCUAUAUCUUUCGCGUCUGGAGGGGACACGGACACACCGGAUUACGUUGCUUAUGUCGCCAAAGACCCUGUCAAUCAAAGAGCGUGCCAUAUCCUGGAGUGCUGUGAUGGGCUGGCCCAGAACGUCAUCAGUACUAUUGGACAGGCCUUCGAGCUGCAGUUCAAACAGUACCUGCACAGCCCACCCAAAGCCAUACACACCACAGAGAGGGUAAUCCGCACAGAGGAGUCAGCGUGGGGUGAUGACGACGAGCCAUCGGAGCAUGACUACUACAACAGCAUCCCUGGCAAGGAGCCGCCUCUAGGGGGCGUGGUGGACUCCCGGCUACGCCACACCCCCAGCCACUCCCAGAACAGGACAUCACAGGUCAGACAGGCAUGCAUAAUACGCACAUACCUCCUGCUUUGGGGUACAUUUCUUGAAAGCAUAGCUGUUAUGUACGUCACGUCAGCUACUUGUUGUUUGCAAUUAAAAUUUCCCAUUGGCAACUACCCAAGUUGCUAACUGGCUAGCAAUUACACUUUUGAGAAACGCACCCUUGGUCUUCCAUCCUGACUUCUGCUCUUGUGCGUCUCUCCAUGUAUUUGG